AAAACACAUUUUCCAAAAUGGCGUCAUUGGAUGCGAGAAGUGCUUCAGCGUAUCUUGUGAAGUUUCAAAAAGAUGCAAUGUGGCAAAGUACUUCAUGAAAGAUGUCAAAGAAACGCACGGUGUCUACAUGUUGAUGGAUAAGGUGAGAAAUAUAUGUAGCUAGUACACAGAAUGCUAGUAAACAAGGCCUGAUGGGAUUCAUACAGCGAUGAUUCACCAAUUCGCCUGACUGACUAUUCUGGCCUUCUUCAAUAGCUGUAAGCGCACAUUUCAUGACUCAUUCAUUCUCCGUACAUACACGUUGUAGUUCAAGUGUUUAUGUUUCAAUAACAAAGAGAAGUGUCGAUAUGUCGUGCAACUAUAGAGUUUGAACAUUUUUGGACUAUACGCUUUCCAAAAUAUUCGAUUGUCAUCGUCUGCUAUCAAGUAUGGAUGAGAUCAACGGAAAUUCCCCUAGUACGAUAUCGCUAUAGAUGGAUACAUUGAUGAGCUGUAUGUGUGUUCUGAGAAGUAAAACGUAAGGAAAACAAGAAUGGGACAUGUUCAGUCCAAAAAGAAAAAAACCAAAAAAGUCAGUGAUGUAAAUUACAGUACACAGGGAACGCUUACAGGAGAUGUGGAUUCUCUACGUCAAAUUAAGUUCAAUCGCAUGUCAGCGGACAUAGAGCGUCUCUCCCUCAGUAGUGGCUAUCACUCCCGCGAUUCUUUGUUGGGGCCAGACUUCAAACAAAAAACCAUGUCGUUAAAUCGAAAUAACAAUGUCUCAAAGGACUUGAAUCUCAUGAAAGAUUCAUUCAGCUAUGAAAGACUAAAUGUGGAUGAUCAUCCAGCAUUAACGAAAUUACAAAAUGAACAAAAUAGACGUUUAGAAAAAAUGGAAGAACGGAUGUCACAAAUUCGUAUUCAUGCUAUGCAAGAAGCAGAACGUAGAAAGUAUGCUCAUUUAUUUAAGGCAAAAAAGAAAGAAAGUCCCACACGAGAACUGUUAUGUAAGGCGAAGGAUAAAUUGAAACUAAGUACCUGUGAUACCUCCUUGGAUAUUACUUCUAAAAACACCUCCCUUAAUGAAGAGGUGGACAAAGGGGAGAUAAUCCCUGUGACUGUAGCCACAGAGACUCAAAUUGUUGAUGGAGAAGAGAUUGAUCCACCAAACUAUUUACAGAAUCUCCCUGCACUAGGUGCUGUCAAUCUAAAUGACCCCAAAUCAAUAUUUUUCCUGCCCUUUUUAUUUCCAAUUUUCAUCUUCAUGAUCCUUGUACGGAGCGUUUCACAAUCUGAUGUUUGGCAGAGAACUGGCCACACACCUACAAGACAGAAGAAGAGGAAUUAGAAUACUCAGAAUAUAUAUUAUACUCAUAUUGUGCAGUCCCAUAGUUCAUCGGCAUAUACUCAAGGUCGUCACCCAAGGUCGUCACUCAAGGUUAUUACUAAAGUUCAUUAUUCAAGGUCAUCACUCAAUCCAGGAUCAUCACCAAGGCCAAUGUCACCAAUCAAGGUCAUCAAUAUCCCUAAACAUCUCCAAUCCAUGUGAUUAUUAAGUCAUUCUUGAUUAUUUUAAAUUGCACGAAAGAAGUCAUCAGAGUGUACCUAUCCACCUCUGUUGAAGGUCAUAUUUUGUGUGAAGGUCAUCAGUCAGAUUUAACUCUGACAGGUCAUCAGAAAGUGAUCUCUUAUUUUCUACAAUUAUGCAAGCAGUCAUUGAUUUUACAGAUCUAGAAGAUCUCUUUUGGUAGCAUAAACUGACCCAAAUAUGGUCAUAACUGUCCCUUUAGAAUCUAUUAUUGGUGCCAGCUAAAUAAUUUACAUAACUAAUCUUGCUAGGGUGAUUUGUUUCCUUUUUCCCCUUUCUUCAAAAUCAUAUAUAUAUCCACUAUUCAGAAUAAUCAUUGUGAUGAUUUGUACCCUGUAUGCGCAUUUAUGUCACCAACAAUUUCAUUUUUCUGUUCACUAGCUAGAUACAAAAUAUUUAUCCUGAAAUUUACAUGCUGCCAAACCUGCAUUUUAUUUCAAACCAAAUCUGUUAAAAAUGUUUUUAGAUAAUUAGACUAAUGGUGAAUGUUGUUUCUAUAUUUAUACUUCCAUUUGAAAUGGAGUGUUCAUUUCUUAAUUUCUAUUUUCAAAUACUCUCUUUUUCGCAACGCAUUUGACAUCAAAUUCAUUAAGUGUUUAAUUUAUGAUUUGAUCAAUUUUAUUGUCCCCCUUUUCUACCUGCUCACCCACAAUACCCCAAACUCAAAAUAUCUUACUGUGAUUUUCCUGACAUAAAAUAUAUCUUUUUUUUUUCUUAAACAACAUACUUUCUUGUAUCAAGAGUUUACAUUAAUUGAUUUCUGUGUUUAUUGUUUUUGAUUUACUUCCUACAUUUUAUAUGUUACUGAAAUGUCUUAAGUUUUGGCAGGUAAAUCAUUGAUAUA